AUGAGCGGGGGAAUGUACUGCAAUGAUGAUAUGGGUGCGCUGGUGAUGGAUAUUGGCUCGCAUUCGGUCAAAGCUGGUUUUGCUGGUGAAGAGCAUCCGAAAAUUUAUUUCAAUAAUGUUAACGGAAGACACGUGGACAAGGAGACAGGACAAGUUACGAGGAUCUUCAGAGAUGAGUUUCUCAACAUCCCCAAGUCUAAUGUCGAGAUAGAAACAUGCAUGAACAAAGGAUACAUCGAAAACUGGAAUCUAUUCGAAGAACUGAUGGACCACAUCCUCACAAAACGGCUCGACGUCGAGCCUGAAUUCCACCCCAUUCUUUUCACAGAACAGGCACGUGCGCCGCCUGCAAUUCGCGAAAAACUUGGAAUCGUUCUUGAUGCUGGUGCAACUCAUACAACCGCUUCAGCAGUUAUGGAAGGAUACGUUAUCAAAAACGCGAUCAUCCAAAGUCCCAUCGGAGGUGACUACAUCACUCGCAAUGCUCUUCAACUCCUGAAAGCGUCUGACGAGAAACUUCAUCUUCCCUACGAAAUAUCGCAUAAAGAAGAGCUCAAACCUGGUCAGACAGCGCCGGUUUUUCACCUGAAGAAAAAUUUGCCAGAAGUGACGAACUCGUGGCGCGCGUAUCAGGAAACAAGAUUGGCGCAAGACUGGGUUCAUCAGAUUAUUCAAGUCUCUGAAAACGACUACCGGCCAGAAGAAGCCGCGAUGCGUCCUUCCAUAGAAUACGAGUUUCCAAAUGGCGCGAGUGUUGGCUACGGAGUAGAUCGCUUUCGACUGGCUGAACCGCUCUUCAACACGAGAAUGGUUGAUAACAAGAACUCCCUCCUUGGCGUCGGGCAUUUGAUAACAACGUCACUUCACUACUGCGAAAACGAAAUACGCCCGCAACUCGUCUCCAGCGUCAUUCUUACUGGAGGAAAUUGCAAUCUUGCAGGUUUUGUUGAUCGAAUCAACAUGGAGCUGCAGAAAACGCCGCCGCACAUGAAAUUCAAAAUCGCAAACGGACAGCCAGGUGCCGUACAUCAAACCGAUCGUCGAUUUGGUAACUGGAUCGGCGGCUCGAUCAUUGCCUCACUGCCAUCAUUUGCGCCCAUGUGGGUUUCGGCGAAAGAUUACGCUGAAAGUGGCGUCAAAAUCUUUGAGAGAAAGUGCAUCUAA